CUUGACAAUCGGACCCUUAAAUUUCACAGUCCAGAAACCCACCAACCUAGCAAUACCGUCCACUUAGCAGCAGCCCUCCAAAUUCCACUCCCUUAAGGUAGAUCUUGCCUCCCGCCCCAGCGAGCCUCCCCUCGGGCCCCGGGGCCUGCAGCCCAAAGCCAGGCCCCGGCGCGGCCCGACCUCCCACCUUCCCACCAGGGCUCCUAACUCACGGUCCGGCUCGGCCAUGGGAGAGGGGUGGGGGCCCUCGGGACUGUCACCGACUGCUCUGUCCCGUGACGGCAGCGGAAACAAGAAGGGGCCGAGACAGGAUAGAGAACUACAACUCCCGGGCGGAAGCGCUGGAGAUCACGGCAGAACCCAGCCACAGGCAGGCGACCUCAGGGGGCCACCCGAGGUGGCAGGGGCCAUGGCCGGGGUCGCGUGCUUGGGGAAAACUGCGGACACCGAUGAAUGGUGCGACAGCGGCCUGGGCUCUCUAGGUCCGGACGCGGCGGCUCCCGGAGGACCAGGUCUGGGCGCAGAGCUUGGCCCAGAGCUGUCGUGGGCGCCCUUAGUCUUUGGCUACGUCACUGAGGAUGGGGACACAGCCCUGCACUUGGCCGUGAUACAUCAGCAUGAGCCCUUCCUGGAUUUCCUCCUGGGCUUCUCCGCCGGCACUGAGUACCUGGACCUGCAGAAUGACCUAGGCCAAACAGCCCUACACCUAGCAGCCAUCCUUGGGGAGGCUUCUACAGUAGAGAAGUUGUAUGCAGCUGGCGCAGGAGUGUUGGUGGCUGAGAGAGGGGGCCACACGGCAUUGCACUUGGCCUGCCGGGUGAGGGCACACACGUGCGCAUGCGUUCUGCUCCAGCCCCGUCCCAGCCACCCAAGAGAUGCCUCAGAUACCUACCUCACUCAGAGCCAGGACCAUACCCCAGACACCAGCCACGCCCCUGUUGCCGUGGACCCCCAACCCAACCCAGAGAAUGAAGAGGAGCCGCGUGAUGAAGACUGGAGGCUGCAGCUAGAAGCUGAAAACUAUGAUGGCCACACCCCACUCCACGUUGCUGUCAUCCACAAAGAUGCAGAGAUGGUCCGGCUGCUCAAGGAUGCUGGGGCCGACCUCAACAAACCGGAGCCCACAUGUGGCCGGACCCCUCUUCACCUGGCAGUAGAAGCCCAGGCAGCCAGUGUGCUGGAGCUCCUCCUGAAAGCUGGUGCUGACCCCACUGCCCGCAUGUAUGGGGGCCGCACCCCGCUUGGCAGUGCCCUGCUCCGGCCCAACCCCAUCCUUGCCCGCCUCCUCCGAGCACAUGGGGCCCCUGAACCUGAGGACGAGGACGAUAAGCUUAGCCCUUGCAGCAGCAGCGGCAGCGACAGUGACAGUGACAACAGAGAUGAGGGCGAUGAAUAUGAUGACAUCGUGGUUCACAGUGGCAGGAGCCAAAACCAGCUACCUCCUUCUCCGGCAUCCAAACCUCUUCCUGAUGACCCCAACCCUGCCUGAUUUAAGUUCUAAUAUUAAUAUAAUUUCCAAUUUAAUAAAAUUUCAGAGCUGACAACCAGAGCCCAGACUGA